GAAAUGACCUCCACCAUGACAUGGAGGUUAAAACGCUACGGGCGUUUCGUCCCCUCCUUCAGAGAAACAGGAGGAAAGCCUUGGAAGGUAUUUGAGGCCAAGAGUGGCAAACCUGCAAUUGUCCUCACAAUAGUGGAGUCGGGAUACUUGCUGAUAUUGCAAGGACAAGAAAGCUUGGAUACAAUUCCUUUGCUCUGUGCCUCUGAUUCCCUCAAAGUACAUCAGAAGUCUGAUAGCCUGUUAUUUCGAUUUACUGUGCAGGGAGAAAGCCGCAUGAUGAGGAUGCAGUUUGAUGGAAGGAGCAGAGCCGUGGCCAUAGAUGAGUGUUCGAGUGCUGUGAAAAAGCUGAUGGAGUACGUGCCUGUCACUACUCAGGAUGACGUCCCACUGCACCCUAAUCAGCCCCCCGCUGAGGUCCCUGCACCAGCAACACAGACUUGUCAGGCGAAGGCUGUGGGAGUUGAGCCUGAGGUUGUGCAAGGAUCUUUGUCCAUCAAGCGCCUUACCCAGCACUUCUUGGGAGAGGCUGCUUUGACUCUGCCUCAAAUGUAUCAUCACAGUCCUUUGGCACAAGGUGACUUGGAGUCCAUCUUGCGUGUUUGUCUGUUGGAUCCCAGCUUUUAUGCAUUUGUAGAGAAGAUGGAAGGGGAACUGAAGAAAGUGCUUGAAGAGUAAAGAAUCUUAACAACAGCUGAAAGCAGAAAGGUCAAGUCAGUGCAGUGUGUGUGUGUGUGUUUUCUGCUCUUAUACAGUUUGUGUAGGCAGUACCUUUUGGUGGUGGAGCAUUUCUUGCUGUGCUGCUGGUGUUCUCUAAUACGCUGUUACACAUUAUUUGUUAUGGUAUAUGGCCUUAAGAGCAUACUUUUAAUAGUACUGGAUUUAGUCGGUAAGAAGACUUGCAAAAAAAAAAAAAAAAAAAAACAUGGAUUCAUUUUUCAACUUUUUAUUCAGAAAAAAAAUAUUGGUCUCACUCAUAUGUUUGAUCGUGGCUAUAUACUCUGGUCCCUCUGUUCCCAUCUUAAUGCAGGUCCAUUUCCACCGCAACACACAUGGAUACAUUGUAUUGAAAGAGGAGUCAUGCAGCUACAGCAGUGAAUUUUGCUAUGCCAGCUUCCAAGUGAUCCCACAAUAUUAAAGCUUCACUGAGUAAAACAAACUGCCCUCCAUAUAUCUAUUUAAGAAUACAUAUUGCAUAGGAUUAUAGCCAUGCUAUACAGUUAAAGAGAAAUAAAAAUAAAAAAUAAAAA